CCCCUUCCUUCGGCCGCGGGACGGGGCAGCCCUGGGCUGAGCGGCGCCUUGCCGCCGCAGCGGCCCUCGCUGGCGGUUAUGGCGCGCCGCCAUUUUGUGUGCGGCGCUGCUCGGGCGGAGGCUGGCGGUGCGGGCCCGCAGCUUGCCGGUGGGGCCGGGAACCUGGCCUCCCGCGGCCGCCGGGCUCUGGCAGUGGUGGGCCGUUACGCCGCGGGACAUGGCGCUGUGGGGACGACUACUCCUAAGGGGACUGCAAAUGAGACUCAAACAGAAUCUUUACCUUCAUCUCCCAACGCUGUGUCGCCAGUGCCAUUAAAUAACUCAACCGGUGCACCAAGAUUUGGAACAGUUACUCCAAAUCGCAUAUUUGUAGGAGGAAUUGAUUUUAAGACUAAUGAAAAUGACCUGAGGAAGUUCUUUGCUCAGUAUGGCUGUGUGAGAGAGGUGAAGAUAGUAAAUGACAGAGCUGGAAUAUCCAAAGGGUAUGGUUUCAUUACUUUUGAAACUCAAGAAGAUGCGCAGAAGAUACUACAAGAGGCUAAAAAACUUAAUUACAAAGAUAAGAAGUUGAAUAUUGGUCCAGCAAUAAGAAAACAGCAGACACGGAUUCCACGUUCUAAUGUAAUACCAGAAGGUGGUACAAUGUACUUAACAACUUCAAGUGGAUAUCCUUAUAUUUACCAUAAUGGAGUGGCUUAUUUUCAUACUCCUGAAGUUGCUUCUGUUCAGCAGCCGUGGCCAUCACGCUCUGUUUCCAGCUCACCUGUGAUGGUAACUCAACCAGUUUAUCAGCCUCCUACUUACCAUUAUCAGGCACCGACACAGUGUGUUCCAGGUCAGUGGCAGUGGUCUGUUUCACAGUCUCCAACCUCUUCACCUUCGUUGUUUUAUCUGCACCCAUCUGAAGUUAUUUAUCAACCAGUAGGGAUUGCCCAGGAAGGUGGUUGUGUACCUUCUCCUUUCUUUCUAGUGGAAGCUGCAGUUCCUGAGCCAUUUUCUGAUCAUGGAGUUCAAGCACCCCAUCACCAGCCUUAUGCCCAGAAUGCCAUAGCCAUGCCUGCACCUGUGAGUCAAACUAAGCAAGUUAAAACACUGUGGAGCAUUCACUAUUAAGCAGUUUGGGCAGCUUUAGUGUACCUGUUCUGAUUUUCUUGUCCUUCCAGUGUGGCUGAGAUCGUCAUCAACAUACCAGCUAGCAGCUGCCUGUUGUGAAGCUUAGGGAAUCAAGGUUGCAUUCUGUGAGAAGAAAUUUUUCACAUCCAUCAUCUCUGUGAGUCUGAAACCUUGGUAUACGUGAAGUCCCCAUUUUCGUCCUAGAAAAGAUUACAGAAUGGAAGAUAACAUUCUUACUCCACCUUCACCUGCAGAUUCUUUAAAAAUAGAUUUUUAUCCAUCUUAUUUGCUCACAUACCUAUCACGUGGAGGGAGUGUCAUUCCUGACUUGUAACAUUUGCUUGGAUGUGCCUAAAUGAAAACGCCCUGGUUUUUGUGAAGAAAGAAAAUUCGGUUUUGCAGUUUGGACAGGGAAACACCCAAAACUGUGAUUUUUUUUUUAUCCUGUACAGCCUUUCUUAAUAAAAACACUUUCACAGGACAAAAUUAUAACUUCUGGUAUACAGCCUACUGUGUAGAUAUUGAUUACUUACUUAGAUUUAAUAAAAUAUGCCAUUUUUUCAAGGGAAAACUUAAUUUUUGGAGUAUAUAGAUUUAAAAGAUGUGUUAGUAAAAGUGGAGACGCCAUCUUCCCCAAAUACUAACAGCAUUUACCCACUAUGGAUUAAAAUCUGGUUACUUAAAUCUGUAUUUUGUUUCAGUUGAAGACAAGAAUCAACUUACUUCUAUGACAAGACCAUUAAAAAACUUCCCCUUACUGCUUUUAACUUUUCUGUUGUCUGAGCAAGACUUAGGAACUCCUUGACAGUGUCAUGAAUGGAGAUGGAAUACUGCUGUCUCCUCAGCUGCAGAAAGCUUCUCUUUAUCCUUGCUUCUCCCCUCACCCCCAUAGAAUACCUUCUAUCUUUUGUAAAAUCUGAGUUCUUCAAAGAUUAAAAUACAGCCUAUGUACUUAAUAGGAAAAGAAGCUAUGACGUCUUUAUUUAAUAUCUGUAUAAUAUCCUGGAGCUUUUAAUCUUACAUCUUCUCUGUAGAAGUUUGUUUUUUGUUGUUGUGGUGGUGCUGGUGGUUUUUGUUGAUUUCUUGUGUUUCUUAAGCACUCAGGGAUCUUACACAGUGGGCAUUAUUGUCAGCCACUAAACUGUGUGUAAUAUAUAAAUACCCUAAAGGUGAUUGUAGCAUUCAGUAGCAUUGCUUUGUGUUGUGCAGGAAAAAAGAUGGAGUCAGGUUCUGUUCUUACACUGGUUUGUAAUUGUAUGAAAGGAGAUGUUACGUACUGUGUCAUUUUAUUUACUGUCUUGGUUGCAUGUUUGCUUAAGGUGUUUUCCGUGUUUUGCUAAAUGGAAACAAAUCUACACAAUAUGAUUUCAACUUCUUGUUCAUUUGUUUUUAAAAAAGUGUUACUGUAGAAACUGUGGGAGAUUGUUUUGCCCAGCAAGUAUCAGAUACUUGCAAUUUGUUUACAUGUUUUUGAGGGGGAGAAUAGUUGCUGUAGCUUGUUGUGUCUCUGAGCCAGUCUUUGCCACCAAAAAUGUCUGUCCAGAUGACUUCUACUUGAUGCAGAUUUUAGAAUUCAUCAGUAUAAACACUGCAGAAAUAUUGGCGCAUCCUAAUGAUAAUUCAUUUCUGUGGAAGAAUUUUUAUAUAGUUUGUUAUUUUUGUAAAUGCUAUCCUGUCUCUGAAGGUGUCAAAGAAAAGUUAUGUGUUCUGUUAGAGCCUUAGUUGUUCUGUCCUGAAACAAGUACUCAUUUGACUCUCAAGACUCAGAAAAUUUAGUCCUAAAUCCUUAUUUUUGAUAUUAGCAGUUGCAGUUUACAAAUAAGACUUAUCUGUUUAUGAGAUGGCUUAGAGAUGGAAGAGAUCAGGUUCACAGUAAGUAUUGUAUAGGGCUUUUGGGGAAGUCCUCUGAACUAAUUGCUUGGAAAUGCAUGACUGUACUGCAGUCAUUUAUCCCCAUCUAUCAGAUGAAAUGAUUUCUAAUGCAAAUAUUGGCAAAAUGUCGCCUAUUUCCCUUUACUGGGACAGAUGAUAGAUUGUUGAUAAUGAGUUGAUCUCCUGGCCUUUGUUUCGAAGAACAUUUACUUCAUUGUAACUUGCAUGUGAACUUGAUCAUUUGGAAGCAUAUUCAGAUUUGGGCACAGAAGUAUUCCCAGGUGUUCUUUUACAGGCUCCGUAACUUCAGUCUGGAGGUAUUGUUUGUUAUAUCACCAUAUCUUAACAAUGUUUAGAUUUGAUCUGAGACCUCUAGAGAAAAAAAAAGAUGAACCACUAAUUUUUGGCCUUCCUCCAGGAACCACCAAUAACUGUUGAAAUAUUGAGGGCUUUCCAGAGAUACUGUAACUUACCUUUCUGUAAAGUGUCUGCCAACAACAAGGGCAUAACACCAAUUAGCAGGAAGUGAAUUUCUAAGCUUCCAGUAGUUGAAUCCUUCCUUAGACACAAUGGAUGCACUGUAACCAGCUUUUGUAGUUUGUACAAGAAUACACUGAUGAUAUGCACUAAGAAUGAACUGUAUAAUUUUUUUUCAAGAGUGCCUAAAAUUGCAUUAUUUUGACAUCACAGCUUUCAGUAUUUUUUUAAUCUCUUACACUGCACAGUAUUACUUUCCUACCAUAUAAAAUUUUCAUAAUACGGAGAUUCUUUACAGAAGUCACCCAGUUAAGCGCAGAUACUGAGGUCCUGAUUCGGGGUUUGGAGAAGAGCAAAGCUUCCUUUGGGCUUCUGUAGUUUCCUGUCAGUAGCUGUAAGGCUUUACACCUGUUAGGAGGGAUUAGAGUAGAUUAGGACUGUGCUCCCUGGAUGCUCACUAGCUAAUGGCAAGUCUUUGUGCAUUAUUUGUCGCAUAUUAGCAAACAAAAUUAACACCCUGAUUUUUACUCUGGGAGUUUAGUGACCCUGCUAGUAUUAUUUGUUUUCUACUUAAUUAGCUUUUACAGUAUUUCUAGCAGUUGUUGUUUGUUUAAUGUUAGAUAUCCACGGCAAAAUGCUAGUUCUGACAUUGUGCUAAGUAACGAUGUCAAACAACCCCUGGAUGUACAGGAAAGCUACAAAAUUUAUCACACCCCUGUAUUUUUACGUAUUUGAUCAGGGAUUCUCUCUUGCAUUAAGUAGAAUUUUCUAGUUUUCUAAUGUUUUGGGUUCCCGCUGCUUCUAAUCCUGAGUACUGAAAGUCAUCAUCCCUGUAAGCUAUUUAUGUUUUUUCAUACUUACGUUUGAUUAUUUCUGAUAGUUAUUUCUCAAAAUAGUUAAUGAGAAAGUGCAUUCCCGUAGUAACUGAACAAAUACUAACAGAACACAUGGCUUUCUAAGGAUGUUUUCCUGUUUUUAGCAGUUUUUAAAUGUAAGAAGUUGUAUGGUUGUGAAGUAGUUGGAAGUUUUUGACUGUAAAAAUAGAUUUGUGGCUUUGUAAUGUUGAACAGCUACAGUAGUCUAAACACACCUGGUAUACAAUUUCCUUCACUUCUGUUUCCUUUUUGAAAGAUGCACGUUGUGAAUCAUUAAAGAUCAAAAAUAUAAUGCCAGUGUCUUGAUACACUUGUACAAUCCUAUGCAAGUUUUCAUGUAGAAAAUACGAAUGGAAAUACAAAAAGCAGAACAGUAAUAUGUGGCUCUCAUUUGAGCAAUGUUUAAUAAUGCUGCUGAGAUGUAAUGGAAAAGUGUAUGUCUUACCAGGCCACUGCAGACUUCUUCAGCCACAAAUAAUUAGAAAAUGCUGAAACUAAUUUUGAGGGCCUCACGUGGUCAUUUUUUGUCUCUGUUCACCAAUGGAGCUGUAGUCUACAUAGGUGUGUACAUUUAAAAAAAAAUAUUUAAUUGGUUUUUAAUCAGAUAAUUAAACACACAUUCUAAAAUGUGUGGUUUUAUAUAAUCACAGUUGUUACAUUUGAUGCUGUAUUGCAGGUACAGAAGAUGUAUUUAAUGCAGCCUUGUUAAGUGAGAUGUGCAUAGGUAAAUGUGUAUUACAUGUGUAGGUCUCAUCUUAGAGAAUUGUUUCCGGCUUUACAAAUCCAAAGCUCUUUCUGUGUGUGAUAUAGCAGUUAAAAAAUAAUAAUAAAUUGUGGUUUUUAACUCUUCACAAAGUUCUGGUUUGGUAACUGAGAGUUUAAUGCAUAUACGUUGGUCCCUAUCUACUGUUUUAAUUGUAACUUUUGUUUAUUUAAUUGUAGCACAGAUGAGUAAUUUAAACAGUUUUAGAAAAAUGUUAAGAAUGGAAUUGAUGAGCUUUUGUCAUUAAACUAUGCUUCUGCAGUCAUUAAAAUAAACCAUUGUUUAUAUCUGAUUAAACUUUUUAGAGUGUGAAGGUAAAUAUUAAUUGUUCUGCUCUGACGUGUGUGACACGGCUAUUGUUCCUAUUUUAUUUUCAAAACUAUUCCUGCAAAGGAAAAAGAAAGGAGAUGCGUUAGAAGUGAGGAGGAGGGUGGCCAAGGAGACUUCAGAAUGAUUAUAAAAUUUUUAUGUAAAUUAUAGACAAAACACUUUAAAUCAAAUCCUUCAACAGAAAAAGAACUAC